CACUUGUCAGUUUUGUCAUUCUUCAAUCAUAAUUCGUAGACCAAUCUUGUACGAAAUUAAUUUAAUAUGGAUAAAGUGCGUGUUUGAAAUUAAUAUUGGAUAUGAAUGGAAAAAUGUUUCUUUUGCGUCUAUAGCAUAAACAAAGCCCACACUAUUCAAAUCUACAUUAAAUAAGGAAAAUACUUAUAUCAUAAUGGAUUGGAUAAUAUCUGAUGAGUUGGGGCUGACGGUGGGACAUUUAGUGGGUUGGGGCGCAGCUUCUGCAAUGAUUGUGGGUGGUGUGGCACCUUACAUUCCUCAAUAUAGGCAAAUUAAAAAGACGCAAGAUGCCGAAGGAUUUUCUCUUUAUGUUUGUUUGACUCUUUUGAUAGCAAAUACCCUACGUAUAUUAUUUUGGUUUGGCAAACGCUAUGAGUUGCCACUAUUAAUACAAAGUAUUGUAAUGAAUGCAACAAUGUUUGCAAUGAUCCACCUCUGUGUGACAGUAAGGAAAAAGAACCAAAUCAUUAGAGCAAGGGAAAGAAUUUUCACAGGUGCAAUAUUCAUGUUAUAUAUACUGUUAUGUUGUGUAAAUGGCUCAGCUCAGCCAGACGAAACGGCACACUGGUUGGGACAGCGAAGCGGCAUAGUAGGUGGCGAGAAACCGCAUCGCUUUUACGAUAUGGACAGAAAAUAUUUCUGGGCGUGGACGGAUUUUCAAAGCUACGUCGAUUGUAUGCUAGUAUUCUCAGUCCUAGGGGCAGCUUUGACAUAUCUGCUAAUAGAGUUCUCACCAUUUGUUGAGCUAAUUGGCUUCCUUGCUGUCUUCACCGAGGCUAUGCUCGGCGCGCCACAGAUAGCGAAAAAUCAUCAGAACAAAAGUACAGAAGGAAUGAGCGUGAGUAUGGUGAUAAUGUGGACAUGUGGAGACUUAUUCAAGACUGCCUAUUUCGUUAUUAGAGAGGCUCCGACACAGUUCUGGGUGUGCGGGGCCCUCCAAGUUCUACUAGAUAUUGUUAUACUUUUCCAAGUGUGGCUGUACCGCCACAACACGGCGGCGGCGCGGCGACUGCGGCGCGGCGACUAGCAGUGGACGGAGACCGACUUAUAGCGCUCACUCGGCGCCCUCCGCGCUCUCUCGGUGCCUGCCAGCUGUCCGCGUACAUUAUGACGAACGCUCUGCACGGGACACUAUCGUUGUGUACAUUUUAAAAUUAUAAAUCGACGUUACUUUAGAGUAUUGUGCUUUUGACGUAUAUUUGAAAUCUUUUUUGUAUAAUGAAAUGACUAUUCGAGUCAUCAAAGGUGCUGACGGGCUUUCUUAGUUAAAUUUUUUCCUAUAUUAUAUUGAAGAUAAAUUUCGUUAUCAUAGAACGUUAUCUCUAAGACAUUAUGUAAUAGAUGUAUAUUCUGCUAUUAAAAAUUGGGUCUUUAAAAUCUGUCGACAUUUUAUUGCACUAAAAGUAUUAGAUGGACCGCACUUUGAAUCCGAUUAAUAGAAGAAGAAAACUUUAAAUCUUGCUGUUGUACUAGUUUUUAAGAAUUAAAGACGCUGUGAAAUGCAUUAUUAAAAUUGUGAUAAAACUAUUUCGAGUACAAUGAUUGAUGCGUUAAAUUCGCAUUACACGUAAAUCGUUUGCUUAUGUUGAGAUAGAAAACUUGGCAAACUUUUGAAAUAAAAAGUUUGUUUCGUAGUCAAGAUUCAACACUGUAUAAAAAAACGAUAUAUUUUUUUAAUUUGCUUAAAUUAUGAAAAUAGUGUUGUGGGGCUUUUGUAUGUUUUGAAACAUUAUGUUAAGUAGUUGAAGUAUUAAAUUAUUCAUACUGGAAUCUAACCUAACCUAACCUAAACCAUAACAAUGCAGUAUUAUUGUGCCUACAAUAUUAAUUAUAUUGAUUAUAUAAUCACACAUUCGACCACCCUUGUAAAAUAUACUUCGUGACGAACUCAUAAAAGUGUCAAUGAUUAACACUGUUCUGCCAAAUACUAUACUAAAAGCUGUGUGGCAUUUAUCUUGUUAGGUAUUUUAGUAUGUAUAAUUUGUUUUUCAUGAAGCUAGAUAAAAAGCAUAAGAGACUUUAAUAUAUUGUUUUAGUGUUCUUAAGUAUUAUUUGUGAUAAUUAUUUUUAGUUAUAGUUGUCACCGGUAUGUACAAAUUUAUUUUUAAUAUAUCAUUAUGCUGGCACCACACAUUUGACAAUAUUCACAAGUAUAAUACCAUAAAUAUGAGUAUUAGCAAAGGUAUGGUGCCGGUAUUACAAAUAUGCAUUAAAUAUUAUUAAUAACGUAUUAUAUCAAAAUAAAUUGUAUUUCAUAAAAAUAUUUACCUACUCAUAUAUUAUUAUUAUUUGUUGAUUACAUUACGCUCAUUUGUAUUAAAAACAUAUCCUCUAGAGAGAAGGUUAUAAUCAUCAAAAAUUGACCGUUUGACUUUGUAUGGCGCGAAAAAGAACCAGUACUACCCUCACGAUCGUAGUAUCGCUAGUGUGUGAAAGCGCUAGUACUCAUUCAAAUCUCAAUAAUAUUUGUGGCGCCAUGUAAACAGCCUUAGUGACCUUAUCAUACGUCAUCUAAAUUCAGACAGAAAA